ACCUGCUCGCUAAGCUCUGCAGGGGGCCCCGGAUGCUGCGGAUGUGCGACACCUUGCACACAAAAUAAAACGGCGCCCGCUUCAACACGUCGCUCGCGAGGAUGGACGACGGCUCCGAGUUGUCGCCGACCGUCGCGCACAUCGUGCGGCGGCUGAGAGGAAGCCAUUUGCACUCUCAGAUAGAGAGGCGAGCCAAAGACUGUUUGCAUCAACCUGAGAUCAAAUUGGAUUCCCUAAAAGAAGACGUGCGCAGUUUUCUCAAAACAUCAGGCUGGGAGAGACAGCUGCAGAAUGCAGUGUACAGGGAGCUGCAUGUCCAGCUGCCCCCGAGCCAUCCCGCAGCUCCUCCAGAGCAUCUCAAAGAGCCGCUGGCCUACAUGCGCAAGGCACAGGCCAGCUGGGAGAAGCGUGUCCUCAAAAGCCUGAACAGCAUGAGCACCGAACUUGGAGUGCCUCUGGCGCGCAUGAGGCCCGCAGCGGAGCAGAAGGAGCUCGCCAACAAAUGGAACGAGAUGGGCACAGACGAACCAGAUCUCACUAGCUUUAGGCCUGUCUAUGCCCCCAAAGACUUUCUGGAGGUGUUAAUUGGCCUGCGUAAUCCGAAUCAUGAUGGCAGCGAGGCCGUCGGCGUCAGGAGCCACUGGGGUCUCAUCCAGGUUCCCCUGAAUGUCCGGGACAUCCCGCAGCUGAGACGGGCCUACUCAGAGCUGAGCCUGACCACUGGGCAGUUGGGGAUUGAUGACCAUGCACACAUCCAUCCUGACAUGUUUGAAAACGAGUAUGUUCAAAUUGGGAAGAAAGUGAUUGUAGAGCAGGACAGUGCAGCAGCGCAGCAGUACAGUAGGCAGGGCUGCUCCACUGGGCUCCGUGCAGACCUGUGGGCCCUCAUCCUGAACUCUAAUAACCAGCCACAGGACGUGAUGCAUUAUGAGCAGCUGACGGCUGGAGUGAUACAACAUGACCUGCUGGUGGACAACCUCAUCUACAAGGACGUGAAGCUCACUGCCAGUAACGACGACUACUACUUUGUGUUUGAAGAUUUCCUCUAUCAGGUGUUGCUGUGUUUCUCUCGAGACACCGCCGUCUUGGAGCACUUCAAAUACAACAGUGCCACUCCUCCCAGAUCCUUCAUCCAGGGGAAGGGAGGCGAUGAGGAGUGUGCUGUCGUUUACCCUCCCAACGGUGUAAUUCCUUUUCAUGGGUUUUCAAUGUAUGUGGCCCCUUUGUGUUUCUUGUACAACGAGCCAUCCAAGUUGUACAGUGUAUUCAGAGAAAUGUACAUCCGGUACUUCUUUAGAUUACACUCCAUCUCCUCCUCGCCCUCGGGGAUUGUGUCUCUGUGCCUGCAGUUUGAGCGGCUGCUCCAGACCCACCUGCCUCAACUCUUUUACCACCUGAGACAAAUUGGGGCGCAGCCGUUGCGUAUCGCCUUUAAGUGGAUGGUUCGGGCCUUUUCUGGCUAUCUGUCUACUGACCAGCUGCUUCUUCUCUGGGACCGGAUCCUGGGAUACGAUUCACUGGAAGUAGUUGCGGUCCUCGCAGCCGCUGUGUUCGCCUUCCGCGCUGAGAACCUGAUGGAAGUGACGUCCCUGGGCUCAGCUGAGGCCGUCCUCGCUGACCUUUCAACUCUGAAGGUCAUGCCGCUCAUCCAGGUCUUCCUGUUCGCCACCGCCAUCUGAGGAGCACGGGAGACUCUCGGAUGGGAGCCGUGCUGCGUGCGCAGCGCCGGGAGCGGAGAGCCACGCGGCCAAAAAUGCCACUUUGCAGCGCUACAACCACGCCGACUCAGCGUUGGCAAUCCUCCAUCAAGAAACACCGAGCUCCAGGGCCAGAGAUCCUGCGUCUCUCGCACUGGUUCAAACAUAAAAGCCAAACCCCUCUUUAGCAUGGAUGUACCAUAAAUAGUGAAUCCCCGCUAUCAUAUGCUAUCAGAUAUUAUACAGUGUGCAAGUGAAGCCUACUAGCCAGUGAGGCUAAGCCAUAUAUGCUCUGCGGGAAAGACGAUACGCACGGCAGUGCUUGGAUCAGCUGAAGCGGCUCAUUCGGGUCGCAUGAAGCAGUAAUUGUAUUGCGAAAGGAGAACAACAGUAACGUCUCCAAGCUCGGCUAAUGAAGUGUUAAUUAGCUCCUGCUAUUCACUCUGCUUUUUUUUUAAUAACACUAUUACAGGAUGCUGUUGCUGAUGAAUGAGGAUAUUGGAGGCUUUAAGCGUGUUGAGAGAUACAAAUGACACACUGGAUUAAUAUGUAACUUAUAUAAAUAUAUAUGUUAGAAGCUGCUGUGUAUACACAUACUUUAUUGUAUUUAUGAAGAAAUUGCGUAUUACUGCUGAAGGGAAUUUAGCACCUAGUGCCAGUAUUUAUUUAAUAAACAUUGUGCAUUUAAUUCCUGAAUGUAUUAAGCUAUAUCGUAUAGUACUCACAGUGUAUUUCACCUUUUCUUUUCAAUGCGAUCAAAUGAUUUUUCUAUAUUAUUAACAGUAUUCUUUGUCAGCCAAUGCCAAUGAAAUACAAUUGUUUGAAUCCA